GGAAGGAGGCAGAGUAAACAGCCCCGAGCUGGAGGGGCAACCGCGGGGCGACAGCUGGAUCCCCGGCAUUGGGGGAUGGGGAACUGCCUGUCAUCCCAGUCCUCUGAUGACCUGUCCCUGCUCAAUGACUCUGAUGGGGCCGGGGAGCCCCCGCCGCCUUACCAGGAACGGGAGUCGGUGCCGGUUUACCAUCCAACACCCAGCCAGACCCGUCUAGCCACGCAGCUGACCGAGGAGGAGCAAGUGUGGAUCGCUCAGAGGAUGGGCCUCAUUCAGCAUUUACCGAGAGGCCUCUACAACCCAGGAUCUGAGCUCUCCGAGAAGAAGCUGAAAGAGUGCGUGAUCUGUAUGCUGGACUUUGUCACCGGGGAUCCCAUACGCUUCCUGCCUUGUAUGCACAUCUACCAUAUGGAAUGUAUAGAUGACUGGCUUAUGCGCUCCUUUACGUGUCCAUCAUGCAUGGAGCCUGUGGAUGCUGCACUGCUGUCCUCCUACGAGACAAACUGACCGGGA